UCUAACCUGUCAAAGCUAUUUAUUGUUUUCCUUGUAUUUUUUCCUCCUAACUUAUUUGGAGAAACGAAAAUAUAAACACAGCUUCGAAUUUUGCAAUUCACUGUCUCACGUCCUCAUAUGAUAUCAUACUAUAUCUCGUCCUAAUUUUACAAGAUGGAAACGAAUCUGCAGCACGAAGAUUUGCUGAUAAAAUUGCGAGCAAAGCUGAACGAAGAAAGAAUAAAAUUAUGGGAGUCACCAUUUACUUUGCCUGAUCAAUCUAUUUCGGAGAGUUUAAAGGACCUCUCUAAAAAGUUCGCAACAGAACUCUCUCUCCCCGACAAUGAAGUCUUGAGCGCACUGCAUGAGUUGCAGCUCCAUUCCAUUGACCGGUCGAAGGCUAACUCGGAGUUCAAGGAGACGGGACUGGCUACUCUCCGAGUGAAGGCUACCGUGCCAGGGGAGAAGCCACAGGUGCUGAAGAUACAACAGAAGUUGGAGUCGGUGGGCAAGGGGCUGAUAGAAUCUGUGGCUAAAGCGUUGGAUGUUAGUGAGAGUCGCGUGAAAUUAAUAUAUAAUGGCAAAGUUAUACAACCAGCUCCAAGUCUGGAAGAUCAGGGAGUCAAAAACGGGGUUCAAAUCAUGGCUCUAAUUAUGGCUGUAAACCCUGAGGAAGCCAAAAAGGAAGAUCGGAUGUAUUUGGAAAUGAAGUCUACACGCGACGAUGCCAUGCUGCUCUCAGAAUAUGCUGAUGAUUUUGAGGAUGAAGAGUAUAUUAAGUUGGAAGACCAAUCAGGCAAGACGGUGGAGUUGCCUGCAGCGGAACGGCGAGCGCUGAUGGUCGGGCUGGCGUUACACGAACGCGGGCGAGCGGCGGCUAAGAAGAAGGACUACCCGCUCGCUCUAGUGCUGCUGCUAGAAGCCGAUAGACAACUGAGUGAAUGCAGCUCAUCAAUCCUGGCGUCAGUCGACAACGUGGCCGUCCUACAGCUGGAUAUAGCGUGGUGCUACCUGUGUCUUCAAAGUCUAGCCGCGGCGGGCGACGCGGCGGCGAGGCUGGCGAGAGCGGAGCGCGCGCUCAAGCGGAGCUAUGGGGAGGACCAUGGACGCGUGCUGGCGGUGAAGGGGACUGAUGCCAACGAGCGGGCGCUGAUGAUGCGGCUGCACCUCCUGCAGGGCAUCGUCAGCUUCCAUCAGAACAAGCGGGACGAAGCACGUCGGUUGCUUGAGAAAGCGGAGACUGAGCUUAACUCACUUAGGGUGGACGACGGUGCCGUGACAGCGCUGAUGGAGCUGGGCUGGUCGCUGAGCUGCGCGCGGCGCGGGCUGCGCGCGGCGCGCGGCGACGUGGCGGCCGCGCACCACUACCUGGCCGACACCUCCGCCGCCCGGGACCUGCAGCGCCGCAAGCACAAGCAGGACAGGGAGAGCAAAGCCCUAGGCAUUUGCGUGGACGGUACUCCAGUCAACAAGCAGUUGGUUGACGCUCUGGUCGGGAUGGGGUAUACGCGGCGUCUAGCCACUCUGGCCUUGAGGAGCUCCAACAACCACGUGGCAGAGGGCGUCAGGCUGAUACAGGAACAGCCGGAACUGUUGGAGGACAGUGACAUUGAGGAGGAAGCGGAGAGUGAGUCGCCGAGCUCAGAGGAGUCCCUUGUUGAGCCGGACAACCAACUGGUUGCCGAGCUGGAAGCGAUGGGGUAUUCGGCCGACGAGGCGAGGGACGCCCUGAGGCGCGCGCACAACCACGUCAGCGGCGCCGUCGACCUGCUAGUCGCCGGCAAGGGGCAGCCACACGAAGGUAUAACCACCGAUGCCGGGAACCCCUCCACCAGUGCCGCUUCCACCGCCAAAAAGGAGAAACGUGUUAAGAGAAAGAGGGAUGAAAAAAAAAAGCGAGAACGCGAACAGGCUCUAAACAGACUGACAUCUGUGAUCCAACACGACGAAGACGACCAUCUGGACACUUCGCUGGUUGACGAGGAGGACUUCCUCGCGCAAUACAAGUCUCUACUCUAAACGGUAUACGGUCUAAUUUCCUUUGUAACUUUAGAGCGUCGAAGCGUCUUCAGACAUUUGGGGGAAUCAACUUUUAGAACAAUGAUUUCGUGUCCCUAGACUAUAGAAAGGAAAAUCGAUUUUUACAAACCAUGUUGAUUUUUUUUAAAGAGUGCUCACAUACAGUCAGAAGGUGCUAAGCGGGCCAGGUGUUCAAAAUGAUCUUGACGCGACUUUAUUGUUACGAGAAUAAAGAGCGUGUCAAAGUUAUUUUAAACACCUCACCCGCUUAGCAACUUCUGCUGCUGGCUGUACAAUAAUCAGGGACACACCUUUUUUUGUAUGGAAGCAAACUUUUCUGCUGCGUUACCGUACAAAAUGUAACUUUUAUCUGAUCAAGUAGUUAAUUUUAAUGCGUUAAUUAAAUACGUAUGGAUCUAUAACCGUGUAAACAAAAAAGUAUAAAAAUCAACAUGUAUGGACACGACAUCAGUGUUCUAUAAGUAAGGUUCACUAUGGCUCUGAACUGUGAUAGAAAUUAGUGAGUUUCGGUUGUCAUUGAUUUGACGAUGUGCCGUUUUUUAUAUUAGUCAUUGCCACUUAGGAAUAUAAUUCUUGAGACGUCAUAAAAAUUAUAUAUUUAAUAUUAACUAAUAUUAACUACUAAAGUAAGAACGCUAAUCACGGAGAAUUCCGUACAUCGACCCAUCAGUUCCUAUCUCUAUCGCACGUGAAUAAUUAUAUCGCUGUUCCGCUUGCACAGUGGCAUUGACCACCGGCAUCAUGAGUGGGACAGCGAUAUAAAUAUGCGCGUGCGAUAGAGAGAGACAUGGCGGGUCAAUGUACGAAUUUUUUUGUGAUUAGCGUCCUUACUUUAGCUACUUAACUAAGACGUAGAAAGUUUUCGUGGUAAUACAGUGUUGUAAAAGUCUACCUCUAUCUCCCUCAAUUAUAUUUUGUCCUAAACUUGUGUAAAAAAGAAAUAUAUUUUUGGGUGCUGGUUUUGGAAUGAGAAAUCAAAUAUUAUUUGAUAUAUUAUUAAUAACUAAACUGCUAUUUCGUGGAAAGGAAAAUUAUUUGUAUUUUAGUAACCUAGUAAGUAUUAAGAGGCCAUAUAUAAAAAUAGGCAUUUCGUGUUUACUUAUAUGUACACAACAAUUUUGUGUAUAUCUGAAAAUAUAUGUAACUUUCACAUUUUCUUUGAUAUUGUACAAAAUAAAAUAAUAUAUUAUACUUCUGAAAAGAUAUAAGUAAAGUACCUUAAACUAACGACUGCAAAUGGUAUAUCUUAGAAACUAUGUACAGUCAAAGAAUUUAAUUUCCGACCCAUUUCGUACUUUGUCACAGUGACAAUCAAUAUGAAAGCCGCUAGAGACCUCAUACGGUUGUCACUGUGACAAAGUACAAAAUGGGUAGUAAAUUAAAUUCUUUGACUGUACAGUAUCGGAAUAAUAUUGUUGAACCAAUUAGUGUUCAAGCUAAUUUGGUUCCCAAUAAACGGUAUAAAAUGUCCAAUGUCAGCCUUUCCCAAAAGGUUUGUACAUUUCGAUCACCUCUUAGAUUUCUAUAAAAAAUGGUAUGCUGGUAAGGUACAUGAAGCUGAACAACUUCCACCAUAUUUCCCAAAA